AUGUCACUCAAUCGCACCGUCACCCAGAGAGCUCCCGGCCGUGGCCAGUCGGUACACCGCGCUCCUACACAGAAGGCACGGAAAGCAAAGAGCUACGACAAUGUUUCACAGGGCAUCAAGCAGCUCUAUCCAGAAAAUGCAUCCGACGAUUGCAAUAUUGACAUCGUCCUGGUUCCUGGCCUAGGCGCCCACCCCGAGAAAAGCUGGGAGUCAGAAAAUGAAAAGUCAAAGUUCAACUGGACUACCGACAAAGAUGGCGGCAUCAUCAAGGACUUCCCCAAGGCUCGCGUUUUGCUCUACAUGUACGAGUCGGCCUGGACCGGCGACUACAAGGUCAAGCAGUUCAUGGACAACAUUGCCCGUUUUCUUGUAAUAAGCUUGAAUAACUUGAGAAAGAACUGCAAAACCCGACCGAUUGUGUUCAUCGGACAUAGCAUGGGAGGCCUGGUCAUCGCAAAGGCAGUAGCUCUUGCUGACAGGCACCGUGGGGAGUAUCCCUUCAUGUUUGAAGCCAUUUCCGCCACCAUUUUCUUCGGGACCCCCUUCAAGGGUGCUGAUAUCGCUUCUGCCGCCGUCAUGUUCUCCCGUCUCGCCGAAAGGACUGGCUUUGGUGCAGUAGCUUCGAAGCUGUUAGAAGACCUGACCCCGGGAAACAGUUAUCUCAAAUCUAUCCGAGAAGAGUUUGCGACCUUGAUCACCAAGCUCACCCACAAGAUCCACGUCAUAUGCUUUUACGAAGAGCAACCAACCAACUUCGCCGAAAUGGCACACCUGCCCAGAUUGGCCAACAUCGUCUUUCCCAAGGAAUACAAAGACUUUGUCACUGAAGAGUCAGCAACGCUUGAUGGCUAUGAAAAACUAGGUCUAGCACGCCACCAUCGCAACUUGCUCAAAUUCAACGGCCCAAAGGACGAGAUCUGGUCCCAGGUCCUUCGUGACAAGCUCAAGAAUGCCAUUAGCGGUGCCUACCUCACGGCCAAAAACCGCCUUAAUUCGGCCCGCGGCUUGGACUUGACAGCACUCAAGGGGAUUCUCGACGCUCUGGACGGUGCAUCGGUUCACCGCAAGAGGAGGGAUCUGGGAAGAGCCGUAUCUGGAUCUACAUGGAUAACCGGCAUUCCCGAGUAUGCCGAAUGGGUCAACAUCAUCAAGACCCAGGUGGCUGAACAAGAGGCACCGAAGAGCGAAUCGCUUGUGGACUACUUGUGGGUUCGAGGCCCAGAAGGAAGAGGAAAGACAGGCGCGACCCUGGCCGUACUCAGUGACAUCGAAGCCCUCCAGGAAAAGCGGGGAAAUUCUGGUCAAGACGGUAUUCUUCUGGCAUACUUCUUCUGCGAACCCGUCGCGGAUUACUCCACAGCUGAAGAUGUGCUUAGAUCUCUUCUAAGCCAGCUCAUCAACCAACAGAAUGCACUUGCUGCUCACGCAAGCGUCUUUGUCAAGAAAAACUCGAAAGACAAAGCUCAAUCCCAACCAACCGUCGAUAACUUGUGGCAAUGUUUGCUCAACAUGCUUUCCGAUGAGUUUGCAGGCCGCCGAAUCUACAUUGUCAUCAACAAUCUUCAUGUUCUGCAGCCUGAGUCUGAAUCGACAACAAAGCUGAUGCACUACCUCAAUGCUGAACUUUCAACUUACAGGCUCGUCAAAGAUGAGGGCGAAGGCUACCCUGUUUCCACGCGGUGGUUGCUCACAAGCAGGGAAUUCAAGACUAUUGAACAGGCCUUGACCACUCCGCGUGUACGUCUGGUAAACCUCCGAGACGUGAAAUACGUAAACCAGGUUCAGAAAGACCUACAACUACAUGCCAAGGGCAAGAUCAAGGAUCUGGAAAAACAGAAGAAGUACAAUAAGGCGCUGGCUUACUACGCCAGCAGCUUGAUUGGUAGGCGGGCAACCAACAUGCACUGGAUUGAUCUUACCUGCGUCCAGCUUGCAGAGCUUCCUGAAACAGAAAGCCACGUCAAGAUUCGCUUCAUCCUCGAGACCACACCCAAAGACCUCAGCGACCUUCUGAAGGACAAAUGGAACGAAAUCUUCAGCUCCAAUGGGGAAGCCGGUGAAAGAAUCAAGGAGCUGCUACGAACUCUCCUAUUGACGUUCGAAGAUCCGACUGAGGAAGAGCUUGCUGUACUUGCAGGGCUCUCACGGACAGAGGUUCAGGGCCUGGUCGAGAAGUGCAAACCGUUCUUAUCAGUUGUUAAGCAGACUGUGACUUUCAUGAAUGCGGCCGUGAAGAAGCAUCUUGAGGACAAUAAGUUACAGCUUUUGGGAAUGGAUCAAGAUGAGAUUGAGUGGCAGCACGGCAUUCUAGCUCUUAGGUCACUUACACACCUGAAAGAAGCCUUUGACUUCCCCGAACGAGUGGACCUUGCUGCCGAAAACGGAACCGUGGCAGACCAUGUCGGAGAAGAUGGAACUCAUGAACGAGAUGGAGAAGGGAAUGGUGUGGAUGGAGGGGAUGAUCAAUACCCGGGUAGCGAAACUCAGGGCGAGGACAAUGACCCCGGUGAGGAUGCAAUUUCUGAGAUUGGUGGGAUGGAUGAUGACGAUGAUGAUGAUGACGAUUCGACAACCGACUUUUCUGAUUACGACUCGGAGGAGUGGGAGGAGGCAGGCGCAAAUCUCGAUCCGGAAGCCGACGAAAUUCGGGAUCGAGCACUAAAAUAUCCUGUCAAGCAUUGGCUUCACCACGGAAGCAAAUCGACUCCAGAGUUUGCCGACGACCUUAGCCAGGAUGAAGAAUUCUGGACAACCGAUUCGUCAAUCAGACGCCGCUGGCUUACUGAGUACAUUCGCAUGACAGGAAAACUUGAAGGCUGGGCCAGCAAGUCUCUCACUGCUCUGCAUGUUGCUUCCUCUCUCGGGUUUAGUCGACUUGUUGUUGCGCUGUGGAACAACGGGCAUGAGCAUGAAAUGCACACGUACGAUUCGCUCCAAAACACACCGCUUCAUCUUGCAGCGUACUUUGGCCGUACGAAUACCGUUGAGGAACUGUUGAAUCGAAACGCAGUGAUCGACCUCACCCAAAGUCGUUUUGAAGAUACAGCCCUACAUAUGGCUGCGGGAAUUGGCCAUGUAAAUGUGAUGGACAAACUCAUCAGCCGGGGAGCCAACCCAAAUGCUUACUCCGAGUACACCGGUCUCGUCAUCAAUGCAGCUAUUGCUUCAGGAAACUUCAAAGCAGUGGAGCUGCUGGUACAGAAAGGCGUUUUGCCAACUACUCAGUCCUGGGAGACUCAGCCUCCACUUGAACAGGCGGCUGAAAUGACAGAUAUAUCCAUGCUUGAUUGCUUGAUAGAGCAGUUCAAGGAUAAGAUUCCGCCCGAAGACUACAGCAAAGCCAUGGUUGCGGCCGCUAGAGCUGGGAGACUAACGGCUUUCAACAAACUCCUCGGGUUUGAGCACAGUAACGAGUGGUUCCAAAAGGCCCUCGACUCUGCAGCAGCUCACGGAAAAUGGGACAUCGUACCUGUGAUUCUCAAGAGUUGUCGUGGGCUGAACUGCGAUGAGGCCUUCUAUCAGGCAGCUGUUAGUACGGAAAACAAGGACAAAAGUCUCGGGAUUCUGUGGGAGUAUUCAGACGGGACUGUCUCGAAAGAGAAACUAAGUCAAUCGUUAUAUGAGGCCACCGAUAACCAAAAGCUCAGUACCGUCACCAUUCUUCUCGACACAUUUGCUGCUGACCCCAAUGCUACUGGGGAAGAGUACGGAAAUGCACUCACAGCCGCAGCAUACGAUGGGAGAUUAGACAUACUGCGACUCCUACUAGACGCAGACGCUGACGUGAAUUCGCCAGAUGGAUGGGCCCUCCAGACAGCAGCUUUGGAAGGCCAUUACGACAUCGUCAAGGAACUUCUCAACAGAGGUGCGGAUGUAAACGCGUUCACGAAAAGUGAGAAAUUUCCUGAAGGAACAGCUUUGCAAGCAGCAACCGAGGCUGGCUGGAAGGAAAUUGUCUCGUUGCUUCUUGAACACAACGCAGAUCCAGACCUUGGCGGUGGGCCAGACGCACCUCCAAUUCUCGCAGCGGCAAUGUACGGCAAUUCAGAAAUUUUGGAUUUGCUCGUUGAUGAGAAAGCAAAUGUCAACGUCCACGGUGGAGAGGACAACUCUACUCCUCUGAUCAAUGCAGUGGAGCAGAUCUUUGGCACGGAUCCCCUUCGGAAGCUUUUGAAUGCCGGAGCCGACAUUAACGCGACCAACCAGGAUGGCGAGACCGCUCUCAUUGUUGCGGCGAAGGAAGGAGAUCGGAGUGUCGUCCGGUUCCUGCUGAAGAAUGGUGCAGAUGUUAUGCACUUCUCUAACAAUGGAACGAACGCACUGAAAGUGGCACUCGCAGAAGACCAAACAUCUUGCCUCAAAGUUCUGAUUAACCAUGUCUCAAAGAUCAUGUUGGCGCUCAAGUCCGCCAUGGAUUCUGGAAACACUGAGGUAGCUGGAGUUGUGCGAGCUGCCAUGGCGGCUCCGCAAGGUCUAAGCUAUGACGACGGCACGAAAAAUCCGAACCAAGACUCGGAUGAGGAUUCAGAAGAUGAGGAUGACGAACCAGAAGAAGACAGUGACGAAGAAGACCAAGAGGAGCCAACAAAUGGACGGGUUCGUUUUGAGAACGAAACCUCGAAUGAAACGGACAUGGCGCAUUCCGAGCACGGAGGAGAUGAUCUCAAGUCAAACGCGGACUCCUUCGAGAUGACUGCCGAGGACUCGUACGAAGUCCAUGUUCAUGACAGAUCUGACGCUCAGAUUUCCCGUGGAUUCUCUCGUAGAGUCACUUGGCAAGCCGGCGACAAGCGACGGGAGUCCGCAGGUGAUGGUCACCACGGUCAAUCAGAGGAAGCGCAACCUCAGCAACCACAGCAGCAGCGACCAUACGACCCAGAUGCUGCCAUUGUGAAGCUAGCAUCAGCAGGGCGGCAGAUGUCAGAGCCAACCCAUCCGACCUUCUCUUCGGCCGAGCCCAAUGAUCAGAUCCCGCAAGCCCCAACAACGCCCACGUUCCAAAGACAGCAGCUGCCUAGCACUGUAGCAGCUCCAGGGUUAGCCACGGUGUCUGAGAAUGAACAAGCACAACAGGCAUUCCAGCAGUGGGCAGCAUACAACCAAGCGCUCUCUUCCAUGGCGGCACAAACAGAAAACGGUCAGUAUAUGGCGUACAGUGAUAUGUCUUCGUAUGAUGGCAGUUCAUGGGGCCAGCAAGCUUCUGCAGCGGGCAUGGUUGCAAACUAUGGCAACAUGUAUCAGGCAUAUGCCCCACCACCCCAUUCUCAUAAUCCCCAGAAUGCUCCUGAGGUUGUAUCGUCAACUACUCUGCCUCAGCCACAAAUCCCGCAGCAGCAGCAGCCGCAGCCGCAAUCACAACCAGGGGCAUACAACCCAACAGUACCAACACAGGUUGGGCCCCCUAUUGCCGGGUACAUCGUUUACACAAACGAAGGGCAGUCACAGUACUACCAACCGUACCACGUCAUCCGGAAUCAGGGGAGCAGGCCUCUCCUCAACACCAACAGCAAUAGCGGAUCAAGUCUUGGUGGCGGCGGAAGCAGCACCACUGUCAGUAAUAGUCAAGUCAGUGUAGCUGGAGGAUUACCGAGGAACUCAACGCCGACGUCACCGCCGCUGCGGCCGGCACCACCUCCAGGAUUGCAGCGCCAGCCUAGGCCGCAGAGUUCUAGUUUCUUUAAGGGGAUUUUCAACAAGAGCAGCACUUCAUAG